AGUAUGCAUUGAUAGAAAUCUUGAUGUUGCGAACUAGCCCCAAGGUUUCGACCAUUACCAUAUGCUCAAGCCGAAGCCGAAAGCGCGAAGAGGCUCUGACGUCUCCUUGGGGCUGAGUAUUAUGUACUCAUGUGCCAUAUUGUAGCGUCGUAUAGCGUGCCAACCACAUCCUUCGUAUCAUACAUGUCAUCGUCAGUCACUCCGCCUUCUAAACCUAGAGAUGACUGUUCAGGAGAUGCAGCGCUCAUAGAUCGGUGAAACACAGAUCCUUUUCCAUUGAUUACUUGGCACCAGUAAGCUGCAUAUGUCUCUCCCCGUGACUGUGGGACGGCGCAUCGUGUUUGAGUGAAGGACUCAGCGCACGUGCAUCUACUGUCUAGAUUGAGCCUAGUCAUGGCUCCACGGGCGGUAGCGACGACUUGACCCCACAUCGAACCGCCACACGUAUCCCAAAGAGUCACGACGUGGGCAUAUCUUCCGGCAACACCAACAUGACUUCGGUAAUCAGCUCUUUGCGCAAGCAAAUUGCGUCAUGCGAAGUCACACUACAGGAUCUACGUCAACAGCUGGCGGAAGCUGAGCACAACCAACGCGAAACAGCUAAAGUUGUGCCCCAGAAAAGACCGCUAGCUACUGACCCUACCAACCCCCUGGAUCAUGACAUGAACUUUGGAGUACCUGAUCAAUUCCGUGAAGAGAUUUUCGCAAUUCUAGAUCAAGAGCAAAAGGCGCCGCAACAUAGCGUGUCUGAGGUAUCUGAGGAAAGGCCAAGAUGGCCACUUCAGAAGAAUGAAUACAAGAGAUAUGGCAGGCAGCUGAUCAUGCCAGAGAUUGGACUGAAAGGUCAGCUUCGCUUAAGAGAUGCUCGUGUACUUAUCGUAGGCGUGGGUGGUCUCGGCUGCCCUGCUGCUGCAUAUCUAGUUGGUGCAGGCAUCGGUACUGUAGGACUAGUUGAUGGUGACGUGGUUGAAGAAUCGAAUUUGCACCGUCAGAUCCUACACUCAACUGCGAGAAUCGGAAUGACCAAGGUUGAGAGUGCGAUGGUGGCUCUGAAAUCGCUCAAUCCCAACGUCACAUUGGUCCCUCACAUAUCUCGACUCAGUCCAGAGACUGCCAUCUCAACCUUCAAGAAAUACGAUUUGGUCCUGGAUUGCACAGAUACACCCGCAUCGCGCUAUCUGAUAUCAGAUGCCUGUGUUCUAUUAGGCAAGACCCUUGUUUCGGCAUCAGCGCUCCGCAUCGACGGUCAGAUGAUGGUGUUGAAUAACCCACCACUGCCGCCUGGCGACCCGAAUGGAGGCCCAUGUUAUCGCUGCGUCUUUCCAAAACCUCCUCCACCUGAGUCUGUCGUAUCAUGUGGCGAUGGUGGUAUUCUAGGACCUGUCGUUGGCGUGAUGGGCGUUUUACAAGCACUUGAAGCGAUCAAGGUUCUGACCCAGAGACCUACUACGACGCCUAUAGACCCACCAAGCCUGCUCCUAUUUUCAGCCUAUUCAAAUCCUAUGUACCGCUCCAUACGUCUUAGGAGUCGAAAAGCCAAAUGCGCUGCCUGCUCAUCACAUUCAACGAUCACUAAAGAAGCACUAGAGUCUGGAAGUCUGGACUACGUUCAAUUCUGUGGCAGUCUAGUUGCGAAUAACAGUCCGUUGGCCCCAGAAGAACGCAUAUCUGCAAAGAACUACGCGCAAAUACGAUCGGGUGUCAACCCUUUUACGGGUACGGUAUCAAAAAAAGACAGUCACUUCCUUGUCGACGUACGCGAGAAAGUGCAGUUCGAGUUGUGCAAUAUCGAUGGUAGUAUAAACGUACCCUUCUCCGCAAUUUCAGCUACGAGAGGACCUGAAUCCGCUACCGAAGAAGAGACUUGGACCAAAAUGUUACGGCAGUCAGAGAAGCCUAUAUUUGUGGUGUGUCGACUGGGCAAUGACUCACAAGUCACUGUCAAGAAGAUGAAGCAGCUAGGGCUCGAUGCAGGAGGCAAGAGAUAUAUUGGGGAUAUCAAAGGAGGUCUAGAAGCGUGGAGAAGUACUGUUGACACUGAUUUUCCGGAUUACUAAACCAUUACGUACUUGCGAAUUUAAGUUACAGCGGCGAAAGCCACUCAUUCCAUC